AUGAGUUUAAUUUGUCAUUGUUAUACUUGUAACGUUAAAUAUCCAACAAAAGCUUAUAUUUUUUCAUCAAAUAAUGAGGAUGAACAAAAUAUUAUCAUUCAAAUUUGUAAAAGAAUUCUUGAAGCUAUUCAACAUAAACAUACAUCAACAGAAAUUUCUUAUGAUGAUAAUAUAAUGUUACAUAAACAAAUUCGUAAUAUUAAUGAAAUUGAAAAUUUGAUUAAUAAAGAAUUUAUUCAACUCUUUGAACAUAAGAUAUUACGUAAAGAAAUAAAAAAACUUCCAAUCGGUAUUUGGAGAAUAGGAUUUAAAUGGGAUGAAUUUAAUAAUGAUUCUUUAAUAAAAAAUAUUUUAAAAAUUUCAAGAGAAUGGUAUUAUAAUUUUACUAAAUAUUUUCAAAAAAUAGAUGAUCAAAAAAGAGAUAUUGGAACAUUUAAUUCAUUUAAUCCUGAUUUAAAUAAUAAAAAUGAGGAUGAAUUAAAACAAUGUCUUUUAGAUAAUUUAAAAAAUUAUCUUUUAGGUUUUGAAUAUUUAAUCGAUUAUUCUUGGAAUUUAUAUGAUAAUUAUGAAGGAAAUUUUAUUUUCGCUUCAAAUUCUGGUAUUUUUAUCGUAGUUGAGACUAAAUAUUUAAAUGUUAAAAAAAAUGAAUAUAAUGAUAUAAGCAUAUCUUCUCUUAAUAAUGAUGUUAAAGAUCAAUCUUUAAAAUAUAAAGAUAAAGUUGCAAUGGAAUUUAAUGGAAAAUAUAUUACACUUCUUGGAGCAACACUUAUAUGUGAUCUUGAUGCGAAUAGUUUAGAUAAAGUUACAUUUGAGUUUAAUGAUAAUGAUGAAAUUAUUGCGCGACAUAUUAAGGAAGUUCAUGACUUUUCACCACGAAGAUAUAAUGAAUUUAAUGGAUUUAAUAACUUGGAUAAAUAUGAAGUAACUGAUGAUAAAUUUGAUGGAUUACAAACUCUCUCAAGUCAAAAUAAUCAAGAUACAACUUCAAUACUACAAGGUACAAUUACUAAAGUUGCUGCUGCAGCUGCAGUUGGUUAUAUGAUUUAUCGAACAUUUUCAAGAGGAAAUCAUUCCAAUUAA